AUGCUCUCCAACUACCUCCUCGUUGUCCUGGGCUCCAUAUCUGCGGCACUCCUCGUUUGGAGAUUCACCACGGUGCUUGCCAGAUACAUCCGGACCGUGUCGUCCCUAAACAACGAUACUCAGCGAUAUUUUGCGAUACCCUCGCAUAGGUUUGCCUGGUUUAAGCGGAAUAUCCAGUAUGCGCCUCUGUUCAGGAAACGGCAUAAUCGUGAGUUCCAGCUCAGCUCUGCUCUGAAUGUCGGCACCCUGCCCUCGCGCCUCCAGUUCGUGUUCCUCGUUGGCUACCUCGCCACCAACGUCGCCUUCUGCGUCAUCACCAUUGACUUUUCGGGCCCCAUGAGGACAGUCGCGGCCCUCGUCAGGAACCGGACGGGCGUGCUGGCUAUUGUCAAUAUGAUCCCGUUGUUCCUCAUGGCCGGCAGGAACAACCCGCUCAUUAACUUGAUUGGUAUCUCGUUUGAUACCUUCAACCUCCUCCACCGAUGGCUGGGUCGCAUCGUCAUGCUCGAAUCCGUCGCUCACACUCUUGCCUAUCUCGUCAGCAAUGCCGCAAACGGUGGAUGGAACGCCGCUUUCCAGAAGACCCUCGGCACUCCAUACUUGAUGUGGGGGUUCGUCGCAACCUGCGCGUUCAUCGCCAUCAGCAUACAGGCGGCGAGCAUCUUUAGGCACUCAUACUACGAGACAUUCAAGCUAGCCCAUAUCGCUCUCGCCAUCCUCUCGAUCAUUGGGGUAUACUAUCAUUUGGACAUUAAGAAGCUGCCGCAAAUUCGAUACCUCUUUCCAGUCAUUGUUCUCUGGGUUGUUGACCGUGUUGCCCGUCUCAUCCGUCUCGGGUACCGCAAUAUUGGUGCAGGCGGCACCCGGACAUUGGUCGAGGCCCUUCCUGGCGGCGCUUGCCGCGUAACGGUAACGAUGGCACGCCCGUGGGAGUUUAAGCCGGGACAACACGCCUACCUCUACAUGCCUUCGGUUGGCUACUGGCAAUCGCACCCGUUCACCGUCGCCUGGAGCGACGAGACUGAUGCGGCUAGCGGCGAGAAGCUCCCUAUGGACCGACAAGACGUGCUAUCCGUGAAGAAAACCACCGUGUCCUUCAUCAUCCGCGGCCGGACUGGAUUCACUGGUGCUCUUUACACCAAGGCAUCCGCCAGUGUGGACGGCAAGUUUUCGACAAAGUGUUUUGUCGAGGGUCCAUAUAGGGGUUCGCACCGGCUGCACUCGUACGGCACGGUCAUGCUAUUUGCGGGGGGUAUCGGCAUCACGCAAGCUGUGCCGCAUGUGCGCGACCUGGUUGCGGGCUACAGCAACGGCACGGCGGCGACGCGGAAAAUUGUUUUGGUCUGGAUCAUUCAGACCCCCGAGCACCUGGAAUGGAUCAGGCCGUGGAUGACGGAGAUUCUGGCCAUGGAGAAGCGCCGCGAGGUGCUUCGCAUCAUGCUCUUCGUCAGCCGGCCGCGGUCGACCAAGGAGAUCCACAGCCCCAGCUCCACGGUCCAGAUGUUCCCGGGACGUCCCAAUAUCGAUAGGCUGCUCGGCAUGGAGGUGGAGAACCAAAUAGGCACGCUCGCCGUGACCGUGUGCGGCCCUGGCGCGCUCUCCGACGACGUGCGUAGCGCGGCAAGAAACCGGCAAUACCAGGGCAGCGUCGACUUUGUCGAAGAGGCGUUUUCAUGGUAG